AUGAGGCUCAGACAUACAGGCAGAAAGUUUAGCUGUGAUACCACGACAAUGACCAUGGCUGAAGCGCAGGGGAAGAAAACUGCAAAGAGAGCUGAAGAGGCGGCGGGUGUUGCUGGAGCUGCACCAAAGGCCAACGCAUUGCCUGCUCCAGCGCAGCCACCGAGGCAUGACUCCUUGAAGAGCGGUCCAUUCGCUCAGCAGACGACACAAUCGUCCACAGGAUCACGCAAAGGCCUGUUCGGCGCCCCUCUUUCCGGUCAGGUCCAGUACCAGUUCAACGCUGGGCCCAACGGCCUAGCAGCACCAAAGGCAGCCCCAGGACCAAGUGUCAAGAAGCCUGUGACCAAAGACCAGGCGAUGCAGAAGAAGCCGAAGCAGAAGUCAAAGCAGAACUCCGUGCGUCAGCCAGCAGACGCGAAGGACUUGAAGAUCGAAGAACUAAGCAGAAAGAUUGAUGAGCUGCAGAAGCAGAUGGCGGCUGGACGCGCAGCAACGCGAGACACGGCCGCUGCUGAAGCUGCAGGACGGGAAAGAGAUAUGGGGGGAUAUGGCUUCCCUGCCUACCCAGCCCAGACGCAACCUGCUCAAUUCGGCCAGAGUCCGUAUGCUCAUUUCCCAGGAGCUCAAGAACAGGCGGCCGGCGCGCAUCCGUGGCCCUCCGAUCCGCCUCCGCAGCAGUCAGCGUACCACCUACCGUUCUUCCCACCCCCAAACCCGCUGCCGCAUGGACUACACUACCCAAACAGCUACGGCCAGCAAGACCAUCAGGCGCCAUACCAGCCAACAUUCGCGGCCAUGCCAAACAUGGACGGUAUGGCAGGAGCACCGUUCGACAACCAGGCAGUACCUUACAACCAUGGUCAACAGCAGUUCGCACAGCACCAGGCUCAGCCGUGUGCCGGACAAGGCCACCAGCAUACCGUACAAGGAAUUCCAGAGCACGCACAUGCCGGAGGUUUGCCGAUGCCACCUCAUGCAACCGCGCACGGGGCCCCUGGCACGAACUUCUUGCGCGCCCCGCCUCACGUGCAGACGUCUGACGCGCUCGAUACUGCUCCACAUCCGCAACAGAUGCAGGCAGAAGUCCCACGCCCAGCUCACCCGGUUGGCCAAGGACGCGGGCAGCGCAUCGAUUCGAGUUCUCUUGCCAACCCCACACCCAAGGAGGAGAGGGCCGAUGUAGAUCUGUCGCGCUCGCAAGGCUCGUCGGUCAAGUCUGGGGCUGUAUGA